UCCCGCCCCGUCCCGUCCGUGAGUCACGGCGGGCGGGGGCUGCCGGCGCGGCGGAGCACCGCGGGCACCUCCGAGCCAUGGCCCCGGCGCUCGUCCUGCUCCUGCUGCUGCUGCCGCCGGGACAUGGCGGGGCUGCCAGACUGGAAGAGAAGCUCACCCAUGUUGAGAAGUACGAGAGGGUGAUACCACACAAGGUGCUGGUGCCUCGGGGGAAGAGGGACCUCUCUGCGGCAUCGAGCAUCUACCCUGACCGUGUCCUCUACAGCAUCCAUGCUGAAGGCAGGGACUACCUCCUCAGGCUGGAGAAGAACAAGGAGCUGUUGGGGCAGCACUACACUGAGACGCACUACUUGGCCGAUGGCACAGAGGUCACGGAGAAGCCGGAUGUUCAGGACCACUGCUUUUAUCAGGGCCAUGUGCAAGGACACGCCAACUCAGCGGCGAGCAUCAGCACCUGCGGUGGGCUCAGUGGGUUUUUCCAGGUGAAUGGGACCACAUUCCUGCUGGAGCCCCUGGAGGCGGAUGCUGCUGGCCUGCAUGCAGUAUACAGAGCAGCUCACUUGCGGGGGAAGCGUGGCACAUGCCGGGAGACUGGUGCCACCCUGGAAUAUGACCAUGAGCCAAAAAUCCCUGCAGCCAUGAAGCUCCACCGCUGGAAAUCGAUUCCAUUACACAAAGGCCCCCGAUACGUGGAGCUGGUCCUGGUUGUGGACAACGAGGAGUUCAGGAAACACAAGGACUUGCGCACGGUUCAGAACCGCAUGAAGGAAAUCGUGAACCAUGUUGACAAGCUUUAUCAGCCUCUUCGCCUGCGGGUUGCCUUGAUCGGCCUGGAGGUGUGGAGCUACAAGGACAAGAUUGUGGUCAGCCCCAACCCAGAGGUGACGCUGGACAACUUCCUCCACUGGCGGGAGGCAGAGCUGCUGCGGAGGAAGCCUCAUGACAAUGCCCAGCUCAUCACGGGCAUAGACUUCCAUGGCACGACUGUAGGGCUCGCCAAGAAGCUGGUGAUGUGCACCAGGGACUCGGGUGGUGUCAACCAGGACCAUAGCACAAAUCCCAUUGGUGCCGCAUCCACCAUGGCUCACGAGAUGGGGCACAACCUGGGGAUGUCUCACGAUGAAGACGUGGCCGGCUGCCGCUGUCCUGUCCCCAAAGCUGAUGGAGGAUGUGUCAUGGCAGCGAGUGUUGGCUUGGUUUACCCGAAGCUGUUCAGCCGCUGCAGCGAGCAGGACAUGUGGCAGUUCCUUGGGGACCCCAGGACCAGUUGUCUGCUGAACGUCCCCAGGGCAGAUGAGCUGUACGGGGGGCCCGUGUGCGGGAACCAGUUUGUGGAGCGGGGAGAGCAAUGUGACUGUGGCGUGCCAGAGGAGUGCUCCGACCACUGCUGCAACGCCACCACUUGCCAGCUGAGAGAGGGAGCCGAGUGCGCCCGGGGGGAAUGCUGCCAGGACUGCAAGGUGAAGGCUGCUGGUGUGCUCUGCCGGGCCAGCAAGAACGACUGCGACCUGCCCGAGCACUGCACCGGGCUCAGCGCUGAGUGCCCAGAGGACGUGUUCCAGGAGAAUGGCAUCUCCUGCCACAAUGGCAACGGCUAUUGCUACAAUGGGGCCUGUCCCUCGCAUGGCGAGCAGUGCCGCGCUCUCUGGGGUGCAGAGGCCCAAGUGGCUCCUGAUGUCUGCUUUAAGCACAACAGCGAGCAGCACCUUCACCUCCACUGCCUCACCGAGCAUGGGAAGCGGCCCUGCAGCCCCAAGGACGUGAAGUGUGGCACACUGCUGUGCCUGAGCGACAACACCAGCCCUGUCCUUGGCGGUGGCUCCUACUCCCUCUUCUUUGGCCGCUUCAAGUGCAAGGCGGUCAUCGCCAGCAACGACGCCAAUGAGGUGGUGGCCAAGCUCAGGCUGGUGCCCACUGGUGCCAAGUGUGGAGAGGAGAUGGUUUGCUAUGGUGGGCGCUGCCAGAAUCUCCUGGUCUAUGGCAACAAGAACUGCUCGGCCAAGUGCAACAACCAUGGGGUGUGCAACCACAAGCGGGAGUGCCACUGUGAGCCAGGCUGGGCAGCACCCUACUGCGAGCACCAGAUUUCGGGGAUGGUGGCGGGGAGCAGCAGCGUGGUGGUGGUGGCUGUGCUGGCUGUGCUGGCACUCUGCGGCAUCCUGCUGUGUGGUGGCAUCGUGCUCCUCAGAGGCAGGGGGACAACGCACUUGCAGAAAGGGAGGACCUCCAGCAGCCCCACCGCAGGCCUGGCCAACCCGCUGUUCCAGGAGGGCGGCCACACACGGCCCCCCCCGGAGGCCACUCUCCCACCGCGACAUCGGCCCCCCCAGCCUGCUCAGCAGCACGGUGGCCCCGCGGGGGACCCGGGCUCUUGCACCCUGCCGCCCGGCCCCAGAGCCACCGGCUCCAGUCCUGCAGGUGACAUCUCCAUCCUCUCCAGGACAGCCCCUGCAGGCGAAGCCAAAGCCACCCCGCAAGCCUCUCCCAGCACUGAAGAGCAAGGCACCAUGCUGUAGCGAGAGGCCACCAGGAGCAGCCGUAUCACCAUCCCCUGCCUUGGUCUUUCAGCGGGGCACCCCCCCGAAGGUGGCCCUGAAGCCCCCUGUGGCCAGGAGGUGACCAAGGAUGCUCCACCUGCUACCACAGCCAUGUCGCCGAGUGGCACAGCAGGGAGCUGCCGUCUCGCUUCCACCCUUACUUGAAUCCCUCUCCAAACCCUCCCCAGGAGGGCACCAGUGUUUACAGAUACUCGAGUUGUGCCUUAACAGACGUCAUAGCCCCAUGGCUGGCCCAGGGAGAGCCAUCAGCUGGGGCUUCCCGAGGACACCAGGAGCAGGGACAAUGCCAGCACUGGUUCCGAGGCUCUCCUGCACCCUGGGAGCUGCUGCCUUCUCUCCCGACAUCCUGAAUGUGUCCUGCUCCUCCUGUCCCUUCCCACUGCACCAUGGCCACUAAGCCCCAUGGCCACUGCCCCAGCUGGGGACAGUCACACUGGGGGUUGUGGCAGGUCCAAGCCAAGCUGGGGCUUCCCCACAGGGCUUUUAUCUCUGCACUUACCCCUUGAGUUACUGUUCCAAAAGGGAAUUUCUUGGGAGCCUUUUUACUGCAGCCGUUAACUUAUGACCCUGAUGUGACCAUUUUGUUGUGAAACCUCCCUGUUUUUUACAUUUCAGUUUAAAGGCUUUUGUACCAAUAAAGACUGAAGUAUCA